UUGUCCUUUGGAAUUACGUGCAGCUUUUUUGAUGGUGAUAUCAUCAGCGGUGAUACCUAAUGGCAGGGAUUUUGCGCUUAGUGACCCAGAACCCUCAAGGUAGGGUACAGAAUGUGACAAAAAGUCUAGAAUCUCUCACCUCGACUGAUUGGAUUCGUCAUAAAUUUACCAAGUCAAGGAUUCCAGAUGAAGUGUUUCAACCUUCACCUGCAGCUCAUAAAAAAUAUGGUGGGGACCCUCAACACCCUCAUAAAUUGCACGUUGUCACCAGAAUUAAAAGUGUGCAAAGAAGACCAUAUUGGGAAAAGGAAAUCAUAAAACUCCUUGGACUGGAAAAAGCACAUACUCCACAAGUACAUAAGAAUAUCCCUUCAGUGAAUGCAAAAUUGAAGGUGGUUAAACAUCUGAUAAGAAUCCAGCCAUUAAAAUUGCCACAGGGACUUCCAACAGAAGGUCAGAUGUCAGAAACUUGCCUCAAGACCACAGGUGAAUUAGUUGUACGGUGGCAUCUAAGACCAUUGGGACAAAAGGCAAUUAAGGCCUAAUUGCUUUCUCAUUUUCUUUAAAUAUUCUUCAUGUGUUUUUAUUAAAAUGGGUUUUAAACACCAA